AUGCCGUACCCUGAAUUCAAGAACAAUACAAUCGAAACAAAAAAUGGCCUCCGCAUAGAGUUUCUUGAACUAGGAAAGAAGGUGCAGAUACAAUACACCAGCAAAGACGGCGAGACAUCCUUUGAUGUCGUGCAGACAGCAGUAACGCCACUUCUUCCACGUGGCCGCGUCAUGCCAGGCGAGGACCUACACACAAAGCCUGAGCAGAAACCGGGAGGAAGUGAGCAAUUUAUGCAUUGCAUUGGCAAUCUUCGGUUGAAUGGAAAGGAAUAUGCCAUUGAUUGUUUUCCGGUCCGAGAUCGAUCAUGGAGGCAGACUCGCACCGAAGAUGAAGUCGUAUAUCCACCGGUUGGAUGGUCACCAAUGAGUUUUGAUGGGACAUUGAGUUUCAAUCAGGUUGGGUACGAAGCACCUGAUACGGACCCAAUUUGGGAGAACGUUUUCUCAAUUGAUAAAUCGAAACCAUCGCAUUACUUUGCCUGGGUUGUCGUCGAUGGUGUGGCUCGCAACAUCAUUCGAGUGCGGCGCAACGUGACGAAAUACCACCCAGACCUGUUUGCUGCCAUAGAACAAGAGAUUGAGGCUGAAGAUGAUGCGGGGAAAGUCUACCACUUUAAAGGCGAAGCAAUCGCAAUGGCGCAGUUGCCCUCUUGGCCAAACAAUAUCUUUAUAGACAGCGUUUUUCGAUGGAGCGAUGAUGAAGGUCGGGUCACCUAUUGUGCGUAUCAAGAGGCAUGGUAUUCACGUUAUCAACGAUUCCGCCGUGAGAAGCUCACGCUGGAAUGA